GGAUUCGCCGGAAAGAUGCGGAACAACCGAGGGUUAGGGUUGAGAUUCUAUGUGGUAACCGAUGCCAGUGACGAUCCGGUGAAGCCGAGGCCAGGCACGCUCCGGUACGGAACGAGCAUGAUAGCUGGUAAGGUUUGGAUCACGUUUGCGCGCGAUAUGCAGAUCAAGUUAGAGCGGCCGCUGCUUAUCGGGAGCUACACGACCCGUGGAGUGGACGUACAGAUUGCAGGGGGAGCUGGAUUCUUGCUCAACAAGGUACACGACGUGAUCAUUCACGGAUUACAAUUCCACCACAUUCGGGCGAUGGCACCUGGGCCGGUCAUCGGACCUGGUGGCAGAGUGAAUAACAUGUGGGUGAGCGACGGAGAUGCAAUCCGGCUAGUCUCCUCAUCCAAAAUCUGGAUCGAUCACAACACGCUUUACUCUGGCGAGGACGGCCUCCUCGACGUCACUCGGGGAUCCACCGGCAUCACCAUUUCGAACAACUGGUUCCACGACCACGACAAGGUGAUGCUUCUCGGCCACGAUGAUGGCUUCGUCGAGGAUCGCAACAUGCACGUCACCGUUGCCUUCAACCGAUUCGGUCCUAACUGCAACCAACGCAUGCCCAGGAUAAGACAUGGAUAUGUGCAUGUGGUGAACAACUUGUACGAGGGGUGGAAGCAUUACGCCAUUGGAGGGAGCAUGAACCCUAGGGUUAGAAGUGAGGCUAAUUUCUUCAUUGCUCCGCCGAAUAAUAACAAAGCGGUUACCUGGAGACUAAGAGGAGAAGAAAGGUGGAACUGGAAAUCAGUAAACGAUAUAUUCGUCAAUGGAGCUUUCUUCGGAGACACGGAUGUGAAAGGUCUAGAGCCGGGCUACAAUCUACGGCAGCGCUUUGCGGUGGGGAAGGCAAGCUCUGUGAAAUCGCUGACCAAGUUCGCCGGAGCUCUGCGCUGCUCCAUGAGAUCUCGGUGCUAA